GCAGGUAGCACAGAUUGGAAUCAAAUGGCAAAGGACAGUCUUGAUGAAUCUCUGAAAUUAGAACAAAUAAAUAAAGUUGCAAAGAACGUGAUACUGUUUAUCGGGGAUGGACUCGGAAUUUCGACCAUAACGGCAUCAAGAAUACUUAAAGGACAAAAGAUGGGCAAUCCUGGGGAAGAAACAGUCUUGGAGUUCGAAAAAUUCCCAAAUGUAGCCUUGUCAAAGGUCUAUGGAUCCGAUAAGAUGGUGCCCGACUCCGCCGCUACAGCCAGCGCCCUGAUGUGUGGGGAGAAGACCAACUGGUACCUUGUUGGUACCCGAGACCCGGUGGCCAUCUCCGACUGUGUUGCCUCUAAAGCUGAAAAUAUGAAAAUGACGUGUAUCCUUGACCAUUUUCAAGCUGAAGGUCGGUCUACAGGCGUAGUAACGACUGCACGUGUUACACAUGCCACACCCGCGUCAGCGUAUGCUCACACGCCAAACAGAGACUGGGAGGGGGACUACCAAACUGCUGGUAUUCCUGGAGACUGCAAGGAUAUCGCCUAUCAGCUGAUAUAUGACAACAGCGACAUCAAUGUUGUACUGGGUGGCGGAAGGCGGUCGUUCCUACCUAACAGCACGGUCGACCCAGAGACCAACACCGUCGACAAGCGACAGCGUCGGGAUGGACACGAUCUUAUACAGAUAUGGAAAGAUAUUCAGACCACAAAAGGCCGCUCGCAUGAGUAUGUAUGGAACAAAGGACAGUUCGAUAACAUCAACCCCGCAAACACGGACUACCUUCUAGGGUUGUUUGGACCGAGCCACAUGCAAUAUUCACUCGAUCGUGAUUCGUCAUCAGCCGGUGAACCAACACUUGCCGAGCUUACAGAGAAAGCUAUCAACAUACUCAAAAAGAACGAUAAGGGUUAUUUCAUGAUGGUGGAAGGUGCGCGUAUAGACCACGCCCAUCAUGAUUCCUUGGCUAAACACGCCCUAGAGGAGACGUUGGCCUUAGAAGCGGCAGUCAAAAAAGCAGUCGAUAUGACGUCAAUACAAGACACUCUCAUCAUCUUCACUUCCGACCACUCCCAUGUGUUCAACAUCGGGGGCUACACACAGAGGGGAAAUCCUAUCUUCGGUAUUGCGGAGCCGCAAUCUGACGAACCACCUCUUGACGGUCUCCCGUAUACCGUGUUAGGCUAUGGUAACGGGCCUAAUCGGGUACUGAAUGGAACGAGGGUCAACCUCACCAACGUCAACACAGCUGCUAAAGACUACACACCUGAGAGCGCCAUCCCUCUAGCCUACGAGACCCACGCAGGAGAGGACGUUGGGAUAUAUGCACGUGGUCCGAUGGCACACCUUAUUCAAGGCGUUAAAGAACAGCAUUACGUGGCGCACGUGAUGCAGUAUGCUGCGUGUGUCGGCGACUACAGAUUCGACUGUAAGCGCAAGGAAAUAAAUGCUGCAGGACAACUUGUACCCAGUGUGUUGACAAUCUUCCUGUCGAUAUGUUUAAAAUUUAUGUCAAGCAUUUGA